AGCGUAUACUUGUAAAUAUACACUCAAUCCAUAUACACCUCAGGCCAUUGCACACAGUUGUUCAUACAAUCGUACACACAACUCAAACUUCAUCAAACAACUACAUCCCCAAACAACUACCAAGAUGCUUCUCAUAGGCCUAACCGGCUCCAUCGCCACCGGCAAAUCAACCGUCUCCUCCCUCCUCUCCUCACCCCCCUAUAACCUCCCCAUCAUCGACGCCGACCUUCUCGCUCGCAAAGUCGUCGAGCCCGGCACCGCCGGCUACAACGCCAUCGUCUCCUACUUUGGUCCCACCACGCCCGACCUCCUCGUUCCCUCCGGGCCCGAUAUGCCCGAAAACGGCCCCACAGGAAAAGGCCGCCCCCUCAACCGCCCGGCCCUGGGCCGCCGUGUCUUUGGUGACUCCCCCGAGGUGCGCAAGGACCGCGCCCGUUUAAAUUCCAUCGUCCACCCGGCCGUAAGAAAGGCGAUGGCGCUGGCGGUGCUGAAGGCGUAUGUGAAGGGAUACAGAGCCGUGGUGCUGGAUAUCCCGCUGUUGUUUGAGAGUCAGUUGGACAAGUUCUGCGGGACGGUAUUGGUGGUUGGAGUGAAGGAUCCAAAGGUGCAGAUGGAGAGGUUGAGGGCUAGGGAUCCGCAUUUGAGCCAGGAGGAUGCGGAGAAUCGGGUGAGGAGUCAAGGGGAUGUGAGGGAGAAGGCGGAAAGGGCGCUGGAAAGGGGGGAGGGGAGGGGGUGCGUGGUUUGGAAUGAUGGAGAUAAGAGGGAGUUGGAGGAGCAGGUGCGGAGGGUAUUUUGGCAGGGGGUGGUGGAGAAGUAUAGUCCGAGGUGGUGGGCGUGGUUCUUGUGGAUGUGCCCGCCGGCGGCGGUGGUGAGUGCGUUGUGGAAUUAUUGGGCGAAUUUGAGGGUGGAUAGGAGGUGGAGGGAGAAGAAGGAGGCAGAGAGGGCGAAGUUGUGAGUGAAAGGGGGGAUUUGUGUUGAUACCCGCCUAGUCUCUAGAUGGGAUUGCGAGAGGACACGAUGAUGAGAUGAGGACGGUCG